GGCCGCGCUGUGUUUCCGGCCGGGAGGCGUUGAGCGCUGCACCGGGCGGGGCUGAUGCAACGGGUGCUUGAGGAGCCGGCGGCGCUGGGUUCUCCUCCAGUUUUUUGCUGAAUAAAACAUUCAAGACCAAUUUCAGAUUGUGAAUAAAAAGGAUCAUUUACAUUCCUGGAAAAUGUCAAAUAGACAGAACUGUGACUCUGGCUGUUUGAGUCCACUUGAACUGUAUGAAAGGGUGACUAUGCAAGGAGAUAAAGUCAGAUCACUUAAAACAGCAGAAGCACCAAAGGAUGAAAUUGACACAGCUGUGAAGUUACUAUUGUCAUUAAAACUGAUGUAUAAAGCAACAACAGGACAAGAUUACAAAGCUGGUUCACCUCCAACAGAUUUCACACCAAUAAAUAAUGCCCCAGCUAUUACAGAAGAUGAUGAUUUUGUGGAUCCAUGGACAGUGCAGACAUCCAGUGCAAAAGGCGUAGACUAUGACAAACUCAUAGUUCGGUUUGGCAGCAGUAAAAUUGACAAAGAGCUGAUCAAUCGAAUAGAAAGAGUAACUGGGCAAAAACCUCACCACUUUCUACGCAGAGGCAUCUUUUUUUCUCAUAGAGAUAUGAACCAAAUUCUUGAUGCAUAUGAAAAUAAGAAGCCUUUUUACCUUUAUACUGGUAGAGGCCCCUCUUCUGAGGCAAUGCAUGUUGGUCAUCUUAUCCCAUUUAUCUUCACAAAGUGGCUGCAAGAAGUAUUUGAUAUUCCUUUGGUUAUACAGUUGACUGAUGAUGAGAAGUACCUUUGGAAAGAUCUGACGGUUGAGAGAGCUUAUGAAUAUACUAUAGAGAAUGCAAAGGAUAUCAUAGCCUGUGGUUUUGACAUCAAUAAAACCUUCAUCUUUUCUGAUCUUGACUACUUGGGAAUGAGUCCUGGAUUCUACAAAAACAUUGUAAAGAUCCAAAAGCAUGUUACAUUUAACCAAGUGAAAGGAAUCUUUGGCUUUACAGAUAGCGAUUGCAUUGGAAAGAUCAGUUUUCCUGCUAUUCAAGCUGCUCCGUCCUUCAGCUCAACAUUCCCACAGAUUUUCAAGGGCAAGGAGGACAUUCAGUGUCUUAUUCCAUGUGCCAUUGAUCAAGAUCCUUAUUUCAGAAUGACCCGAGAUGUAGCACCUAGACUUGGAUACCCAAAACCAGCAUUACUGCACUCAGUCUUUUUCCCAGCCCUGCAAGGAGCUCAGACAAAAAUGAGCGCCAGUGAUCCCAACUCUUCCAUCUUCCUCGCUGACACACCCAAGCAAAUCAAGACGAAGAUCAACAAACAUGCCUUCUCUGGAGGAAAAGAUACUAUUGAAGAGCACAGGAAGUAUGGGGGCAACUGUGAUGUUGAUGUGUCUUACAUGUACCUAACCUUCUUCCUUGAAGAUGAUGACAAACUUGAACAAUUGAAGCAGGCUUACACAAGUGGGGCACUGCUCACAGGAGAGCUGAAGAAGGCGCUUAUUGAAACAUUGCAGCCCUUGAUAGCAGCUCAUCAGGAGAGACGCAAACAGGUCACAAACGAAAUGGUAAAACAGUUUAUGACUCCACGGAAACUGGCAUUUGAAUUUUAGGGACAUGUCUGUAAUUUAAUUUAUCACUAGAUAAACCAAUAUUGAAUCAUCAUAGUCCUCUGUUGGUUGUCAUCACUUCAUAAUUAUGUGCCAGCUGCAAUCACUGGUUUAUAAAUAUGACUAUUAACAGAUUACUUGCAAUGAAUCCUCAAGGACAGUUCAGAAAAAAAAAUUAAUCUGGUUCAAAAUAGUAUUUAGGAAUGAAAACUAGUUAACUGCAGAAUUGCAUUCACUGCAAUAUGAAUGCUACUCUUCUCAGACUCUUCAGAGCAGUCUUUCUGUUGGUAAAAGCACCCUAUUUAUUAUAUUUCAUGUUGAAAAUAUAAAGAAAAAUUAAUAAAAGUUUCCAUUGUAAUGUGGAAGUCUGACUUGUAAAUUGCUCUAGGAAUGGUAAGUUCUUAUCUCAGAGAAACCAAGUUAUUCAAAGCUCCAACUUUGGUCCUGCAUACCACAGUUUAAGGGACUGAAUUGUGAAGCUGGCUACCAGGGACAUGCUGCACUUGCAUAAAUGCACAUUGCCUGUAAAAUUCAGCCUCCUGUGUGUCUGAGGAUCCAAAUACAGAGACUAUGAGUGUCCUUCUGACCAAAGCAGGGGGCUGGGAAUCAGGCCCUCUCUGCUCCACCCUUCUGCUUGGACCUGAGGCAAUCAGAACAUCCCUGUGUCUCCAUUUCUGUAAACCUGUAAAACUGAUAAUUCCUAAUGCCCAGACCCUCAGAUAGUUGGUUGAUUGUAAAGUAUUUUGAUCACACAAAAGGAACUGGAGACAGGCAAAUUGUGUAUCCAUAACAAGGAACCGGUAAAGCUUCUCAUCAUGCCAAGAAACGCAUGAAGUGAUUGCUUGACAAAGGGAUUUGUGUUUGUUUUACAAGCAAGUCUCUGUAAGUGAAGAGGUAUUUAUUUUAAGAUAUAUUCUAAUGAACUUCACUUGGUUGAAAUACUUCAAAUUUGGACAAGGAAAUGGUCUGACAAAAAGAACCUUUUGGUCUUAGUGUGAUUACUCUGAUGUGUGCAAUAACAAUGCAUAUUUCAACCGAAGCUUUUAUUAUUACACCGUGCUGAAAACAGUAGCACUAAAACUAGGUCUAAUGUAUGACUAUAUGAAUACAGCUCAGACCUGACUGAUAGAAUUAGAAAUAUAGGUGAUGAGAAUUAUUAAUAGUUGCUUUGCAUUUGAAAUUCCUUUCAAACAAAAUGAAAGUAGUUGGAACUCUGUAAGAUUCCCCCUGUAUUUGGCCCGAGAGUAUAUUGGGGGGGUUUUUCCAAGGGUUGGAGAGGCCAGUCAGUUUGUCAGGGUUUGUGGCGGUAGAAUAUGGCAGUCAUGCAGUAGUUUUAACUAUGUAAACGUACACUUAGGUUCAUAUGGUAGAUGCGUAGUUACUGUCAAGUGGGGAGGGAGAUGUUUUGUGGGUGAAUUUAAGGCCUGCUGAGGUCUUUCCCCCCUCACUUUCAGCAGGCCUUGGCCCAGGCCCUUAUUGAAGAAGACCAUGGGGAAUGAUGGUCUCUGCCUCAAGCUGGUAGAUACUGGAAAAUAACUGCCUUCCCAGUCUUAGUUCUGCCAGUGCACCCAGGCCCUGCUAGCAACUACUCUGCAGUCUGGCUUCUGAGAAGGAGCUGGUGGUUGUGCCAAGCCACAUGUGGAGUAUUUUUCAAUGUGUUACAGGUCUGUAAGGGACCAGGGGGAAGCUAAAGCUUGUUAGUAGAGAGCAGCUUCAGUCUUGUUACCACUUGUUUUCUACCUUAUGCUGAAAACAGAACUGUUUAAUUUUCUUAUUCCUAGAGUACUGUGAUCUAGCACUACUAAAACCAGAGGUAUUUAAUGAAUGCACUGAAGUCAGUUUUUAUCAAUAGCUAUUGAUCAUUUUUGUGGUUUUUUUUACCAUAGAUUCUAGGUAUCUCCCAAAUAUUUAAAAAAAAGUUAAAAUCAUCUUCCUUCCUACCUUGUACAUAAAAGAAGCUUAAGUUUUUAGAUACAGUGAUAUAUAACUGGUUGAGGUGGACUUUUUAAAUGAUGUGUUUUUUUUAGCUCUCCAUACUCCACUAUGAACCAUGCUUGUGCAGUUUUUUUUUUUUAAUUUGGCUCAAUCUAAGGCCCCUGAUAGAUAUUACGUUUGUCAUGCAUUAUAUGCAAGUAUUGUGUGACAAAUUAUAGCCUGCCAAAUGGCCACAUACAAGAUACGUAGAAUUCUCACAGGAUACUUCCACGUCACAGAAGUCACUGUUUCAGCAAGCAGUUUUUGUGGCUGAUUUGCUGUUUUUAUCCAGGAAUAAGCUGGUUUAAUGUCUGGUGUAUUUACAGUUUGUCAAACAAUACUUAUGUAUAACAUACAGCAAAUGUAACAUGUGCCAGAUGCUUUAAGUGAUUUCAGUUCUUUAAAAGAUUUGCACUUCAGGGGGGGGUUUUGCAGAUUUCCCAUGUAGUUCAUCACUAAGAAUCAGUUUAAUAAACAAGGUUAAGUUAAAACUUGGUUAAUAAAAACCAAUAUAGGACAAACUUGCACAGGAAUUUACAGGUCUAUUUUGUAAUUAAAUUAUUAAAAUCCAACUAGAAAGUUCUAAAAGGGAAUGUGAAAACAGAGUAAAUUAAGCACUUGCUUGCUGAUGGGAUAAUUUGAUAUUGCACUGGCUGCUUACAACAAUGCCAUGCUUCUGAAAACCAGCCCUGACUUAUAACAGUGUGAUUCUGUCCCAAAGAAGAGUUGAGAAACUCCCAACUUUCCGUUGCAAAUGAUCACUUUAAUCCCAGAGGUAUUUAAAGGUCAAUGAGGGCAAAGUCUUCAAAAGCUCCAGUGAAAUGACUGAGAGCUUUUGUCAGAUUCAUAAUCACUGGCUAAAUUUUUCUUGACUUACUGGCAUUUUGUUCAUGUCAAUAUAAUAAAAAUACAGAUUAAAGUA